AUGGCGAGACCCCAAGAUACGGCUUUGGCCCGAUUCUAUGGCCUCUCUAAGGUACACAAAGAGGGCGAUCCUCUCCGACCCACCAUGCUGCUCAAGGAUACUCCAACGUAUGGACGGGAAAACUGGCCGUUCCAGCGUCUUAAGGUCCUGACCGCUGAGUUAGACAUCACGGUCCCUUCAUCAGCAAAAUUCCUGGAGGAACUUAAAGGGUCAGGUCUCCUUCCAAAUGAGGUCAUGGUAUCUUCCGAUAUUGCGUUAUUUUCUAAUUCUAUUCUCCAGGACCUGACGAUCAAGACCACCGAGCUCUUCUCACAAAGCGAAUACGAUGAAGUGGAGAGUCGUCUUGGACACGCCCAAGUCCUUCAGCUCCCGAAGCUUCGUCUCAAGACGUACUUCACGUUCGACGGGACAAUCUACGAACAGGUGAAAAGCACACCAAAGUGUUCGCUGAUUUCAGGAAUCAUCGCCGAGGCACUCCUGCAACGGUUAGAGUCGCUGGUCUUCCAACACCACAGGCCGAAGUUGUGGGUCCGCUAUGUCGAUGAUACCUUUGUCUUUAUCGACCGUGAUCGAUUGCUAACAUUCAACAAACGGCUCAACGCUAUCUUCUCGGAACAUAUAAAUAAAUAUGCGCAAUGA